CAUGCAAAAGCUGGCAGUCUCUGCUUAUAUCUACCUGCUUAUGCUGUUUUCUGUAGAUCCGGUGGCUCUGGAUGAUAGCAGUCAGCCAGCAGAAAAUGCUGAGAAAGACGGACUGUGCAAUGCUUGUGUGUGGAGACAGAAUACAAAAUCCUCCAGAAUAGAAGCCAUAAAAAUCCAAAUCCUCAGCAAACUGCGCCUGGAACAAGCUCCUAACAUUAGCAGGGAUGUUAUUAAGCAACUUCUACCCAAAGCGCCUCCGCUGCAGGAGCUCAUUGAUCAGUAUGACGUCCAGCGGGAUGACAGUAGCGAUGGCUCUUUGGAAGACGAUGACUAUCAUGCCACAACUGAAACUAUUAUCACAAUGCCUACAGAGUCUGAUUUUCUUGUACAAAUGGAGGGAAAACCAAAAUGUUGCUUCUUUAAGUUUAGCUCUAAGAUACAAUAUAACAAAGUAGUAAAAGCCCAAUUGUGGAUAUACUUGAGGCAAGUCCAAAAACCUACAACAGUGUUUGUGCAGAUCCUGAGACUUAUUAAACCCAUGAAAGACGGUACAAGAUAUACUGGAAUUCGAUCUUUGAAACUUGACAUGAACCCAGGCACUGGUAUUUGGCAGAGUAUCGAUGUGAAGACAGUGCUGCAAAAUUGGCUCAAACAGCCUGAAUCCAAUUUGGGCAUCGAAAUAAAAGCUUUUGAUGAGAAUGGACAAGAUCUUGCCGUAACUUUCCCAGGACCAGGUGAAGAUGGAUUGAACCCAUUUUUAGAAGUCAGAGUUACCGACACACCGAAAAGAUCCCGCAGAGAUUUUGGCCUUGACUGCGAUGAACACUCGACAGAAUCCCGAUGUUGUCGCUACCCGCUGACAGUGGAUUUUGAAGCAUUUGGAUGGGACUGGAUUAUAGCACCGAAAAGAUACAAAGCCAAUUACUGCUCUGGCGAAUGUGAAUUUGUAUUUUUACAAAAAUAUCCACACACUCACCUGGUGCACCAAGCAAACCCGAGAGGUUCAGCAGGUCCCUGCUGCACACCUACCAAGAUGUCCCCAAUAAACAUGCUAUAUUUCAAUGGAAAAGAACAAAUCAUAUAUGGAAAGAUACCAGCUAUGGUAGUGGAUCGCUGCGGGUGCUCAUGAGAUCUUCGUUAGCUCCAAUACUUCAUAAAUCAUGGAAGCUACCAAAAAAAGUUAUAGCCCCUCAUCAGUCUUUGAAACUGGGAAAUCACAUAUGACAUCCAAGUGCUGACAUCCAACCCGCUGUAUGAUACAGAACAGAUUUAGGACAACACAAGCGAAUGAAUGUGAACUUAAAGACAAUAUAGGUACCUAAUGGUUGGCUUUCAGCCGUUGAAAAAGAAAAACUACAAUCAAAA